GGCUGAUUGAGACCAGCUGCUGCUCCUCUGUCCUGGAGAUCUUUGGACUCUGCCCGGGGCGGACUUACACCCUAUUCCGGGCGACUGGGAGCCAGCAGAGGCUGCCUGGGGCAACCGAGGCUUCUCCGCCACCCUGACUCCUGGAGCCCUCAGAAACAAAAGACCAGGGGGGACUCUCCAUCCACCAGCCAAACGCCUCCUCCCCAUCGCCUGCCCCCACCCCCUGGCUGCUCCUGUCCCGGAAAGGCCCGGAAGAAGAGGACAGGGAAACAGCCCUGCCUACUCUCCCCCGUCCCUCCAUCCACCCAAGCACCGGCAUCUGGAGAUCCCAUGGCCUGGGUUCGCUGGGGCUGCUGCCCCUGGCUUGUCCUCCUCUGUGCUUGUACCUGGGGCCGCCCAAAGGCAGCGAACCUGACACGAGAGGAUGUGAGAAACUGUUCCACCAGCCCUCCGUACAUUCCAGUUACUGCGGUCAAUACCACAGAGCGGCUCACGGCCCUCCGCCAGCAGAUACAGAUGCUGAAUCUCUCUGCCUACAUCAUCCCGGACACGGAUGCCCACAUGAGCGAGUACAUCGGUGACCAUGACAAGAGGCGUGCGUGGAUUACAGGCUUUACGGGGUCUGCAGGAACCGCAGUGGUAACCAUGGGGAAGGCAGCUCUCUGGACCGACAGUCGCUACUGGACGCAGGCUGAGCGGCAGAUGGACUGCAACUGGGAGCUCCAUAGGGAAGGCAACAUUGUCACCUGGCUUCUCACUGAGGUUCCUGUUGGAGGGCUCGUGGGCUUCGACCCCUUCCUCUUCUCCAUUGACUCCUGGGAGAGUUAUAACGCAGACCUCCAAGCCUCUGACAGACAGCUGGUGUCCAUCGCAGACAAUCUCGUGGAUCUGGUGUGGGGAUCAGAGAGGCCUGCGGUUCCAAGCCAGCCCAUUUAUGCCCUGCAGGAGGCGUUCAUAGGGAGCACCUGGCAGGAUAAGGUAUCUGGCAUCCGCAGUCAGAUGCAGCAGCGUCGCGAGGCCCCGACUGCCGUCCUUCUGUCAGCGCUUGAUGAGACAGCCUGGCUCUUCAACCUGCGCAGCAGUGACAUCCCUUAUAACCCCUUCUUCUACUCCUACACACUGUUCACGGACUCCUUCAUCAGGUUAUUUGUAAACAAGAGUCGCUUGAGCUCCGAGACCCUGCAGUACCUGAACGCUGACUGCACGCUCCACAUGUGUGUGCAGCUCGAAGAUUACAGCCAAGUCCGGGACAGCAUCAAGGCCUAUGCCUCGGGGGAUGUGAGGAUCUGGAUCGGCACCAGCUACACGACGUACGGGAUCUAUGAAUUGAUACCCAAGGAGAAACUCGUAGAAGACACCUACUCCCCAGUGAUGGUGACCAAGGCGGUGAAAAACAGCAAGGAGCAGGCCCUCCUCAGGGCCAGCCAUGUGCGGGACGCCGUGGCCGUGAUCCGAUACCUGGUCUGGCUGGAGAAGAACGUGCCCUCAGGCGCGGUGGACGAGUUCUCGGGGGCCGAGCUGCUGGACAAGUUCCGAGGAGAAGAAGAGUUCUCCUCUGGACCCAGUUUUGAAACCAUCUCUGCUAGUGGCCUGAAUGCUGCCCUGGCCCACUACAGCCCGACCAAGGAGCUGCACCGCAAGCUGUCCUCAGAUGAGAUGUACCUGGUGGAUUCUGGGGGGCAAUACUGGGACGGAACAACAGACAUUACCAGAACAGUCCACUGGGGCACCCCCUCUGCCUUCCAAAAGGAGGCGUAUACCCGCGUGUUGAUAGGCAACAUCGAUCUGUCCAGACUCGUGUUUCCUGCUGCUACAUCAGGGCGAAUGGUGGAGGCCUUUGCUCGCAAAGCCUUGUGGGACGUUGGGCUCAAUUAUUACCACGGGACAGGCCAUGGCAUUGGCAACUUCCUGUGUGUGCAUGAGUGGCCAGUGGGAUUCCAGUCUAGCAACAUUGCCAUGGCCAAGGGCAUGUUCACUUCCAUCGAACCUGGCUACUAUCAGGAUGGAGAAUUUGGGGUCCGUAUUGAAGAUAUAGCCCUCGUGGUAGAAGCAGAAACCAAGUACCCAGGGACCUACCUGGCCUUUGAAGUGGUGUCCUUGGUGCCCUAUGACCGGAAUCUCAUCGAUGUCAGCCUGCUGUCCCCUGAGCAGCUCCAGUACGUGAACCGCUACUACCAGACCAUCCGCGAGAAGGUGGGCCCCGAGCUGCAGCGGCGCCAGCUACUGGAGGAGUUUGCAUGGCUGCAACAGCACACAGAGCCCCUCUCUGCGAGGGCCCCGCGCGCCGCUUCCCUGGUCUCUCUGUUGGCAGUCUCUGUGCUUGCCAUCCUCGGCUGGAGCGCCUAGAGGCUCGGGACUCCUCUACUGACCCUCUCACUCAGCUCCCCUCACCCUGCAACUCCCAUGCCCCAAGAGCCCCUGCCAGCCCACUGCCUGGAAACCGUUGCCCUCAGCCUCCUCCCCAGGACCAAGCCCUGGGGACACAGGGCUUCUUGGCCCUUCUUACACCUCAUCCUUGGCUCCCAACCCCCAGCCCUGGAAUAGGAGAACCAGCUAGUCCCUUUCCCACUGUGAGCCCAAUAGGCCUAACCUAUAACCUGGAAGAGCCUGCUGCCGCUGCCCCCCCAAAAAAAGGACCAAUAUGGCAGUGCCCCACCCAUGGCCCUGGGCGAGCCCUGCCAUCACCACCUGCUGGAUAGACCAGAGCUGUUCCCACCCAGUGGCUCCUGAAUUCUUGGUCUUCCCAUGCCCUUGAGGCUGCCUCUGGCCACCCCCGCCUAUCCCCGCCUUACAGUGGCCUCCACAAUGGCUGCAGCCCACAGACUGAAGGAACAAAGAGCUCCCUACUGUGCCUGUAGUGGAAGAGGAAGGGAGGGUGGCCCAGUCCUCUGGUUUCAUACUGCCACCCCAAGGGUCAGGGAGACCAGUCAGAGAAGGGGCACAUACAGCGGCCCCCUCCAUGGGUGAGCUCAGCACCCCUAAACGCAGGGUGGUCCCGUGCCAGUCGACAGGAUAGGGAGUUGCGCCAUAGCAAUUUCUCCACGGGGAAGGAGGGAAUGCGGGGAGCCCUCUGGAAUAUGGCCCCACCCGAAGGUGGGAGCAACCUGAGCAGUGGCGCCCAAUCACUAUCCCAGACUUCCCAGCACGCAGGUGGCCCUUUUAACUUUCCAAAGUGCAGCCACAGUGACAGUGCUGUUCAAUCCUCCAGGAUCCUUGGAUGGCCUUUAAAACCUGGGUGGGCAGAGUCUGAUUUGGCCAUUUUAUAACCAGGAAAGCUGAGCUCCAUCCAGGCGUGGGACCUGCCCAAGGACCCCCAGUGUUUGGGUGGAACCUGGUGGGACCAGAACGGGCUGCCAGUCCAGCUCUUUUGCCCUUCAGCACCAUGCAGAAUCCCUUAGCUUGCCUCCCGCCCCCUCCUCGUUCGCUGAGCCCGCUGGGGGUUGGGGGGAGGUGAGAAGUUUUCUCCGGCUGGCCCAGCCGUUAGCCACCUGGGCUCACAUCCUGCUAGAUGCUUAAAACAGCCUGGCAACGAAGCCUG